UGGAAGAUUAAGGAUUCACAGUUGCUUACAUUUGAGGAAGAUGACCCGCCAGAACCGCUUGAGCUAGCAGUUAAACAGGUUGUUAGUGUUGUAAAGUCGGCUCAAGAGAAGGUGGUUUCUUGCAACGUUGUGGGUGAUUCUGUCAUAUUUGUUGUCACUGUCUCACAUACUUCGCCUGCGGCUGCAGAAAGUCAGUCGUACACCGUGAAACUGUCUCCACUUCACUUGCAGCUUCAGCUCUAUGUGAAAGACAAAGGAGAAGAUGUCAAAGUUGAGUGGCUCCUCAUUAACGCUGAUGAAACCAACUUUGAAAUCCAGCCAACAGGGCAGGAGGGACAGACAGCAGGGACAUGUGCAAUAUCUGAAACCCUCAGAGGUGUUUUGAAGAACCUCUUUAGCUCAGUUUCUCCAUCUGUAGUGUUGAGUACAAGGCCUACAGAUAUAAAGGAGGUUCAGAAUGUACAGAACACAAGCCUUCUCCCUCAGGGCACUAGUCCGCCUAAACCUCCAAGGGCUCAUGACCUCAAGCUGCUGGUAAAGAACAUCGCAGUAAACCUAACUGAUCACAGUGCUGCAGGCAGCACAAACCUUGCAUGUAUAGUUCAGUUGAAUGACCCUAUGCAGAAGUUUUCCAGCUCUGUAGCCAAAAAUGCUGCAAAUCCCUUUUGGAAGGAAGAGUUUAUCUUUGAACUAAGUGCCAAAUCAAAAACAUUGCAACUGCAAAUAGUAGAAGAUGGAAAGUUGGAUAGACCUUUGUCUGCAAAGGUGACUGUACCUCUAGACUUGUUCAGGAAACAACCUUCUGGCCAGCAAAGCUUUGCACUGAACAGCAGGGCCGGUGAGAGCAGCUCAGAGCCAGGAGCCGGGCUGGGAUCCAUUAGUGCAGAGUUCUCUUUUAUAGAACCCAAUGAAUUAAGGACGUGGCAAGUGUCUUCUCCAGUGCCAGCCACUAAGAUAGAAAAGGAUCGCACUGUGAUGCCCUGUGGGACCGUGGUCACUACUGUAACUGCUGUGAAAACCAAACCUCGUCUAGAAGGGAGAUCUUCUCCACUGAGCACAGAUUCUCCUGUGAAAACUCCAGUUAAAGUAAAGGUGAUUGAAAAGGAUUUCUCUAUUCAAGGUAUCCAUUCUCACGGUGCUCCAGUCAGCAAAACUUUAUCAUCUUCAGACACAGAACUGCUGGUACUGAAUGGCACCGAUCCUGUUGCAGAAGCAGCCAUUCGGCAGUUAAGUGAGUCUGCAAAGCAGAAGCUGAAGUCUCCUAGAAAGAAGAGCACCAUUAUCAUAUCAGGGGUGUCCAAGACUUCUUUAUCUCAGGACAGUGAAGCUGCACUGAUGAUGGACUAUGCUGCAUCCAUGGACAACUCCUGCAAAGUAGAGUCAUCCACUGUGGAGGAAGCUGUUGCAAAAGUCACCUCUGAUGAAAAGCUAUCAUUAGGUACUUCAGAAAUAGUACCUGAUUCUGACCCACAGCAAAGUGCCCAUAAGGCCUGGGGUUUAGAGAACGGCAGCCAACAGUGGGACACCAACACGCUCCUAGACCAGACCUGUGAAGAAAUAUCUGGGAGCUCAUUAAGUGUUUCAGAGACUGGGAGCAUGAAAAAAUCUAAAGGUGGGAUUUUGAAAAAAAGCGCGAAGCUCUUUUUCCGCCGGCGACAUCAUCAGAAGGACCCGGGAAUGAGUCAGUCGCACAACGACCUUGUCUACCUGCAGCAGCCCCUGUCGGAGGAAACGCGCAAGAAGGGAGGCACGCUUUCACGUAUUCUCAACAGAAAACUCCUUUCCAAAAACAAAAGCAAGAGCAAACUGAAUGGUGCUUCGGCGGAACCAUACGUAUAAGACUGAACACUCUCUGAUGGGAUACUUGCACGUCAGUUGACCAUUUGUUUACAGAGCAGUACUAGAGAACACAAAUAUAGCUGAUGACUUGCAUAAGAUGAUGUUCACUAAUACAGUAGUCCAGGAAUAAACAGAAAGCUUGUCUUUUUUUAUUUAUUUUUCCAGAACGCUUCUUCCCUCUGAUUAUAAAGUUGCUCCUCCAAAUACAAGCAGCACUAAUUGUAUCGUGACGGCUUUUGGAGGACGGUGUGGUUUAUUGUAGAAGAUGAGGGAGAAUGGGGAAAGGUGCAGGUGGGGAGGACCUAGUUUACAUUAAUGGGGAGCUGAGAACUGAAACAUCGUGUCUGCUGCAUGACUGAACCAUUAUACAGAGAGAAGAUACCACUGUGCUUCCUUCCUGCAGCCUGGAAUAGUAGCAGCACAAGUCUCAACUUGUUUUUCUAGUCAGGCUGAAAGGGAAAAGAGAGACUCAGAUCCAGUUUGUAUUGUAAUUUGGAAACGGGUAAGUUUUCAGAAGCAGACCUAAAAUGCUGAUUAAGAUAGCCUACUGUAGUAACUGUAGCCUGCUGUAAUAACUGCUCAGUCCCUGUAGGUGGAGAGAUGCCUUUGAUAUUAGCCAUAAAUCAAUAAAUUAUGCAAAUACUUAUACUAGCAUAUUGUUUAAUGUUCUGUGCAGAAGUUAUGCUUAAAAAAACAGAACUCUUUUUUUAAAGUCUACUUGAGUCUACUCGCAAACAACACAUUUACAAAUUCUCAUGUAGCUUUUCUUCCCUGUGUGAGGAGCUGCGUUGCUAAUGCAAAAACCUGUCUUAGGGGCUCUAAUUCCUUCUCCCAAGUACUUGUUAGACAAGUGUAUUAACCAUCAUAUCCAAUGCAAAGCUAGGAGCAAUAAGUGGUGAAUAGAGCAUAUUUAACCCCGUAAUGCUUUGCACUAGACAGCUUGUUUUACUGGCCAAACGCUUACUGAGAACUUAGAAAACACAGUUGUGAAGAGAGCUUUUAAAAAGAUAAUUCCCUUGGUGGUCUUUCAGUUUCUAGAUCUACUAGUGUUGUCAUGUGGUGAGUGGUUGGUUGGGUGAGGUUUUUUACUUUUUUUCCUCAUUAAAUAUUGCAGCUGGCUCCUUUAAAUUAAAAGGAAAAACUGAUUAAAGUAAAAGUAUAGUUCUUGUUUUGGCUAUUAAGAAGAGUGAAAUAUCAGCCAGUAUUUCACAGGUACCAUCUUUUAUGCAUACCUGUACUUUUCCAUCAUCUACAUUCCUACCGAGGACAAAGGACAAAGCCUGUUCUCUUUAGCCAAGAAAAACAUCCAUUCCAUCUAAAUUACUGACAUGAAUGGAUGAUAGAUUUGUGCCUGCUUUACCAACAGUGAUUUUUCCCCCUGCCCCUGUCCUCCCCUUAAGACAUCCAGCGCUUUGGCUUUCAACUUAAACCAUCCUUCAAAAAAUAGAAAGUCACUGAAGAACAGAAACACAUUUCAAAACUUCUGAUGGACUGUAGAUUCCUACGUAAAUAAUUUUACAAAGAACAUAGAAGUAGAGGGGUUUUGUUUUCUUUUUUUACCAAGAAAACAUUAGAAGAAAUGAACUGUCAAUAUCUUUUAGCUGAGCCUACUGUUUAAAAAUACUGUUUAUGUGUAACCUUCUAAAAUCAGCGUGGUAGUACAGCAGUCCAGACUAUCAAAUAGUUGUACGUUUAAGCAUGCUGCUUAUUAUGAAAACACUUGAAGGCAUUUUAAUCUUCUGUAUUUUGAAAAUUGGUUACAAAUGCGUAUUCUAGAGCUGUAACAUGCUUAGAAGUCCCAGUUCAGUAAUACAGGUUUGCCCAGCUUGUGCUUGAACACUUUGUUUUUUUCUUGUUAAUUUGAUACAAAGCAGAAGUUAGGUUUCUUCACUUGCUCAUGGUAUGAGCAUUAAAAACCCUGACCUUACAUUCUCUCAACAUACCUACUUGGCUUUACUAGGAGCUCUUUGCAUCACGAGGCAGGUUGGGGAGGGUCAAAUCACUGUUGUAUUUUAAAUGCUCAGUCUUGUUUGCUGAUGGAGAAAACCACAGCUGGUCGCUGAGUUCAAGAAAUCAAGGUGAGACUGAGCUCCAUGGGUAGCACCUCCUUACAUUAAAAGUGAAGAGCUAUGGAAUUGGGAAUGCAAAGAGAGCACGUGACACUACUUGAAGUCUAUUUAAAUUACUGAACUGGGAUUUUAAUUUACAGAAACUUCAUCAUGUACUGUAGAAUGGGGUGGAAAUAACACUGAAUCACUUGCAGAAUACAGGAGCAGGGUUUGCUUCUAGCUUACCCCAAAGAACAGGUACACACUGAAGAAGUCUGGGUUUCAUUCCUAAACGUCUUGGUGAUUGCCUAAAUGCGUGUCUUGAUGGUGGGAACCAAGAACGUUCUAUACUGCAAACGGUGUGAAGGUUUGAGCUCACAUAUAUUGAGAGAGAAUAAAUUAUUAAGAUGAGGAAAGCAAGGCAUUGGGGGUAUAAAGGGAAUCUUGUUUUGUAAUUGCCUUCACUCCUCAGGAAAAUAAACAGCGCUUGAUUUGAUAUCCAACCUCCA